AGGUUGCUCAGGGUUUCUACUGGAAAGGCCUACAUGCUGACGUCAUACAGCUCUGCAAGCACUGCGACAAAUGCCAACGAACGAAUCACCAACUGCAGAAGCCCAGAGCAGAACUACACCCCAUCCCUGUGACAAAGGUCUGGUACAGAGUUGGUAUUGACUUGGUAGGACCUCUACCUGAAACAAGCUCUGGAAACAAGUACAUUAUCACCCUUUCAGACUAUUUCUCUAAGUGGCCUGAGGCUGCCCCACUCCCAUCAAAAUCAGCAGAAGGUGUAGCAAAAUUUCUGUUUGACACAUUUUGCAGGCAUGGGUGGCCAAAAGUGAUUCAAUCAGACCAAGGAAGAGAGUUUGUCAACGAAAUCAACACCCAACUUUUUCAGUUGACUGACAUACAGCACUGCGUAUCAAGUGCUUACCACCCACAAACAAAUGGCCUUGAUGAACGCUUCAACCAGACUCUAGUGAACACUCUCAAGAAGGUAAUCGAUUCUAGUACUGAUGACUGGGAUCAGCAUCUCUCUGCUGCUCUUUAUGCCUAUCGCAUAUCAAAACAGGCGUCAUCAAAGUACACACCCUUUUUCCUAAUGUUCAAUCGCCACCCGCGGAAAGCUGUUACUUUUGAUAUGGAUCAACGAGAUGGUGCCGACGCUAUAGAAGAUAGAGGAGAUGCUGACCAAUUGAGUGGAGAGGAGACUGAAAAUGAAGAAGACGGAGAAGACAUGGAUGGAAUUCUCCGAAGGUUGAUGGAAAUUCGUGACUGCUGUCACCUCAAUGCCAAGGAGAACAUUGCUGCUGCACAGCAAAAACAGAAGCAGCAGUAUGACAACAAGCAUAACUCUUUGAAGAGUUAUCCAGUUGGCAGCAGUGUCAUGCUAAAGAAUAUGGCCAAUUCUCAUCGAAUGGGAGGGAAAAUGGACUGCACCUGGAAAGUCCAUAUAUUGUCCAUAAGAUCCUUGACAAGGGUAGAUACGAGUUGCAGUCUGGGAGCGGCAAAGUAUUGAAAAAGUGUUACAAUGGGGUACUGCUAAAGGAAUACUACUCUCCAGAAACCAACGAUGAAGAAAACACUCUUCCUGGCUCUGAAGACAACCACUCUUCUCCAGUCAAAUCACCUCCUAAGAAUAAACGAAUGCCUGACGUACCCUCUCAAAAUCCUGACCUACCCUCUCAAAAGCCUGACCUACCCUCUCAAAAGCCUGAUAUACCCUCUCAAAAGCCUGAUGUACCCUCUCAAAAGCCUGAUAUACCCUCUCAAAAGCCUGAUGUACCCUUUCAAAAGCCUGACCUACCCUCUCAAAAGCCUGAUGUACCCUCUCAAAAGCCUGAUGUACCCUCUCAAAAACCUGACCUACCCUCUCAAAAGCCUGACCUACCCUCUCAAAAGCAAGAUAAGCGUGAUAAGCGUCCUCUUGACACAAAAGAUCCUUGCAAGUCACCUCCUAGGAAGAAACAAAAGAGUCAGGGAACGAUGUGGCUGAAGACCCUAGAUCUAAACCUCUUUGACAAACAAGUGUUGAGAGCAAUAGGUGGUAUGCUCUCCGACAAGCAUAUGCGUGCAGCCCACCAGUUAUUAUCGAUGCAAUUCCUUAAGUUUAAAGGCUGCUAUAAUACUCUCUUGGCCCAAUUAAAGGCAUUUCCACCAGUUUCCAAUAAUCAAGGCCCAGCUGUGCAAAUCUUCUUUGUUGAAGAACGACAGCACUGGAUUGCCACUUCUCUGUUUAAGGGUGAACUGUAUUUGUACGACAGCUGCUUCAAUGGAACGCUUUCCCCAAGUACUGAGCUCCAGAUAGCACAAGUGUAUAGCCCAUUAAUUCAAUGCAAUGGGCUGUUGAUUUCUGUGGUGGCUCUCCAGCAGCAAGAGGGUGCUAACAACUGCGGACUAUUUAGCAUUGCUGCUGCAUAUCACGCUGCUAUGAACGAUAAUGUGGAUUCUCUAGUGUUUGAUGAGGCCAAAAUGAGAGCACAUCUCAUUAAGUGCUUUGAGAAGGGCAAACUCUCACGGUUCCCUCGCACAAAGAAAGCGAUGCCCAAAAGACCAACACCACAAACCAUUGCCAUUACAAUAUACUGCAUGUGCAAGAGACCGGACUCUUUUGAGGAUAUGGUCAUGUGUGACAAAUGAAGUGAGUGGUAUCACUAUCGCUGUGCCAAAAUUCGCAAAGAACCAGUAGGUAAUUGGUUUUGUUCUGGUUGCAUCACUUUAUGAUUUGUGCACUUUUGGUUAUAUUUAUUGUACUUCUUUCUCUUGCAUUGUUGUAUAUAUUGAGUAUUGAGAUCUAUAACAUAAUAGAUACAGAAUCUAUUGCAUCUAGUUAGGCUUUGUCUAUGGCUGUUUACUUCGUAGCCUAGACUAGUCCUCUCAGAUUACCUGUGGACUGACUUUCACUAGCCUCGAUCCCAGGCCGAGUUUUCGCUUUUAUAACGGUUAGGCAAACAACUGGGCCUGGUACUAGUUGUCUGCGCAUGCGUCAGUCGUUUGUCAGAUUCUGACGAAUGGAUAUUCUCGUUCACUUUCGUGCCAUUUAUAUUCGUGUACUAUCGUGUACUAGAAGUCAGUUCCCGUUUUAUCAUUAUUGGAAUCGAUUGGAAUGGCUCUUAGCUGAAGCUUCUCUCUUCUCUGAAGCUUAUUCUGAAGACUGAACAACAAGGGAAGAGGUAUAAAGCUUUGUCAAGCUUGUUAAGGUCAGAUAUUUUUGUGUGGGCCCUAUGGCCGGCUAUGCUAUCAAGUCUUGUUCAUGUUUGGCAAGAAUGUAGGUAGACUAUAGUUUCAUCAUUAAUAUGGUGGAUCAAGUGAAGAGUGUGAGCUAGAGAACUUGGUGCUGCCAUCAUCAGCUCGUCGACAAUGACACUAUAACCGAGAAAUUUAAUAUGUAUAGAUCUACACGUAUUUAAAAUGUCUACUUCUCUGUACAGGAGCAAUGGCUAAUAUCCAGCUAUCCCAACAGUGCUCCUCUUGGCUAUACUAACGGACGAGACUGGACAGUUUGAGACACAGGACUGGAGUAUGACCUGCUCAUUCGAGCGUUGCUGGGUAGCUCAGAGACAUCAAGAGAAUCUACGUUUUCUCAAGCAAUGAGUUACGAGUUGGGGCCUAGAAUCAGAGAAGUCCAGCAGCCUGCUAAAUCUUUUUGAAACGUAAUUUGAAGGCAUUCAAUCAUCCUGAAGUUGCCCUGGGUCACUGUAAUUGUGCUGCAGCACAACUGGCAACUCCCCAGGCCUUUGUGAAGCAGCUCCCUAUGUGCAUCUUUUGUGUACUCACUCUGUGCAUUUUCUGUGUACAAAUUUGGAUUAUUGAUUUAUUAAAUAUUUUUGCCGACCACAAA